AUGUCCAUGAUCACAACAUCAACCUGGGUGCCCCGAGGCUUCGCGGCACCCUUCCCCUCAAAAUACACCUUUGACGAGUCCGAGUACGAGCGCAUUGCCGAACUCGCCAAGCUGCAGCUGGAUGACGCCGAAGAGGACCUAAGGGAGGCGCAGGACGAGGAGGAGGGCGCCGACAAGCCCGCCGACGACGAUGCGACAACAGGCGCAUCUGGCAAGAAGGCCGAACAGGUCAAUAUCAACGACGACGAUCUGAAGGAGUACGACCUCGAGCAUUACGACGACACCGAUGAAGAGGACGAGGAAAAGGUCGGCCAGGGCGAAGGUAUGGCCAUGUUUGGCAACAUCAAGUCGCUAGCCUACUACGAAUCCAAUAAGGACGACCCGUACAUCACCCUGCCCGCCAAUGGUGGACCGGACGACGACGAUGAGGACCGCGAGGACCUGCAGAUCCUAGCGACCGACAACCUCCUGCUCGCUGCCAAGGUCGAAGAUGAGAUGGCUCACCUCGAGGUCUACGUCUACGAGGACGCCGCCGACAACCUCUAUGUCCACCACGACAUCAUGCUGCCUGCGAUCCCCCUUUGCGUCGAGUGGCUCGACAUUCCCGUUCAAAAGGCCGGCGUUGACAAGGACUCGACGGCCAACUUCGUCGCCAUCGGCACCAUGGACCCCGAUAUCGAGGUCUGGGAUCUCGACACGGUUGACUCCCUGUACCCUAACGCCAUCCUCGGUCAGGCCGGUGAGGGCUCAGAAGAGAAGAAGAAGCAAAAGAAGAAGAAGAAGGCCAAGAAGGCUAACGACGAGUACCACGUCGACGCCGUCCUCGCCCUUGCCGCGAAUAGGAAACACAGGAACCUGCUGGCCUCCGCCUCUGCAGAUAAGACGGUGAAGCUUUGGGAUUUGCACACGGCCAAGUGCGCCAAGUCAUACACUUACCACACUGACAAGGUGUGCUCUCUCGCAUGGCACUCGGUCGAGUCCACCGUGUUGCUCAGUGGCAGCUACGACAGAACGGUCGUCGCCGCAGAUAUGAGAGCUCCCGAGGCCAAGGCCCCUAGAUGGGGUGUCGAAAGCGACGUCGAGAACAUUCGCUGGGACCCCCACGACCCCAACUACUUCUACGUCUCCACGGAGAACGGAAUCAUCCACUUCAACGAUAUCCGCAAUGCGCCGUCAACCCCCGAGGCGACCAAGGCUGUGUGGACCUUGCAGGCACACGACGAGUCUGUCUCGUCCUUCGACAUCAACCCCAUCGUGCCCGGCUUCAUGGCCACUGGCUCAACUGACAAGACGGUGAAGCUGUGGAACAUCCAGGCUAGCGGUCCUUCCAUGGUUGUCUCUCGCAACCUGGACGUUGGCAAGAUCUUCUCAACGCAGUUUGCGCCCGAUUCAGAGGUGGCUUUCAGACUCGCCGUUGCUGGCAGCCGCGGAACCAUGCAUGUGUGGGACACUAGCACCAACGCCGCCGUUCGACACGCGUUCGCUGAGCGUGUCCCGCAAAAGCCGGAGGGCGUCGAGGAAGACCGUCUUGUUGGCGUUCUUGACGAUGACAGCAGCUCCAGCGAAGACGAAGGAGAGGAGGGCGAGCAGGAUGGCGAUUCGAUGGACGAGGAUGAGGACUAG